UAGACGAUAUGUCACUUUUUUAGGUUAAGAAUUUGAUAAAUAAUUUUGAAAUAUGAAUUUAUCAUGUACAAAAACUAUUGAUUGUAAACAAGGAGCAAUAAGGGCUGUUAGAUAUAAUGUUGAUGGUAAUUAUUGUUUAACAUGUGGCUCAGAUAAAAAAUUAAAAUUAUGGAAUCCUCAAAAAAGUUUAUUACUAAAGACGUAUGGAGGUCAUGGAGAUGAAGUUUUGGAUGCCUCUGGGUCAUGUGAUAGUAGUCAUAUAGUUUCUUGUUCAACAGAUAAAUCUGUUAUACUAUGGGAUGUAACAACAGGGCAACCAAUAAGACGUUUCCGAGGCCAUGCUAGUGCAGUUAAAUGUGUUAAGUUUAAUGAAGAUUCAUCCAUUGCGGUGUCAGGUAGUAAAGAUAAUACAGUAAUGUGUUGGGAUUUAAAAUCACGAAAUAAUGGUCCAUUUCAAGUUUUAAAGGAAGCUAAAGAUUGUAUAACGUCGAUUCAAAUAUCUGAUCAUGAAAUUUUGACGGGAUCUGUUGAUUGCAAAAUUCGAAUAUAUGAUAUUCGAGUCGGAAAAAUUAUAUGUGAUUUUCUUGGAGAGCCUAUUACUUCCGUAAAUUUUACAAAAGAUGGUCAGUGUAUUUUAGCAAGUUGUGUCGAUGAUACUCUACGAUUGAUGGAUAAAGAUACUGGUGAAAUGCUCGGAGAGUUCAAAGGACAUACAAUGAAGGAUUUUGCAAUUGAAUCUAUUGUUAGUCAAAACGAUACUCAUGUAAUGUCUGGAUCAAUUGAUAGCGCUAUUUAUGUUUGGGAUUUAGUUUCGGGAGUUGUUACCAACAAGCUUAUUCAUCCUAAAAUUGAAAAUAGAUCAUAUAACGUAAUAUAUUCGUUGCAUGGACAUCCUAAGCGAAAUGAAAUUUUAAGUGCUUCCGGAAAUUUUAUUUUCAUGUGGGAACCAGAACAUCGUUCAGAAGAACAGAGUUCAUAAUUUAAGACUGUUAUUUAAUAUUUUAUCAAUAAUAAUUAUAAGUAUCAUG